AUGUUGUCUAAGUUGGCAAGUUUGUUGGAAGGGAGAAACCUGGAACAUGGAAAGGCCCCUGAGCAAAUGACUGGAGAACCACUUUAUCCUCCAGAGUUUACCUCGGUACAGUCUCAAAAUGUCCAAGGAACCUCUGUUCCUACCAAAGUGCACAUAGAUCCUGUCGGCGUUGCUGUGAAUCUUCAACCAGGACCUAGUUCGCACCCCGAAGAAAGUCUCUGUCACCAAGUCCCGGGCCUUGAUGGAGUGGCCAAAAAGAAUAAAAACAAACACUUUCGGGAACAAUUCGAACAAUUAGCAAGUGAAGUCCAGGUUAUGAAGGAAGACACCAGUAUGUAUCGACUGGACGCUAAAGAAUUUAGUCUAGUUCCUGAUUUGGUCCUACCUCCAAAAUUCAAAACUCCCGACUUCGAGAAAUUCGACGGCUCAACAUUGCGAUGGUAUAACCAACUAAAAAAGGCUGGUAUUAGGUCAUGGAAAGACCUUGCUAAAUCCUUUCUCGACCAGUAUGAACACGUGAAAGAUGUUAGGCCUAAUAGAUUGGCUCCUUUUCUCUCACACCUUAUCGGUGUUCCUUCCCGAAGUUUCGCUGAUAUAGUUACGACAGGAGAAAUGAUCGAAAUGGCGAUUAAAAGCGGGAAGCUCGAGGGAAGAGAGUCCAGCAACAAACCGCCGAUAAAGAAAAAGGAAAACGAAGUCACCCAGGUGAGCCAGUACGAUUCCAGUAACAUCACAAUGUCCCGAUCUCAGGGAACGGUGGCACCACCUCAAAAUGACAAUAGACAAGGGGCAAGGGACCCAAGGAGAGGGAGGCUUCAAUUUGAUCCAAUUCCUGUAUCCUAUAAGGAAUUAUUUCACGAUUUAUACGAUCGACAUCUAGUCUCUCCUUAUCAUGUGAUACCUAUACAACCUCCUUAUCCCAAAUGGUAUGAUGCUAAUGUUAAGUGUGAUUACCAUGGUGGGAAUCCUGGACAUUCCAUUGAAAAUUGCACUGCAUUCAAAAAGGUAGUUCAAGCUUUGAGAAGGAGGAAUGUUAUCAAUUUUGGUGACAGUGAACAACCAAAGGUAGCCCAAAAUCCAUUGCCAAACCAUGCUGGAGCCGGGAUUAACACAGUUGUUGAAGAGAAAGGAAAGAGAAUUGUUAUGGAUGUUAGUGAGGUGGAAUCACCCAUGCUUUGGGUAUGGUGCCAAAUGGUUAAAGUGGGAUUGUUGAAGCCUAGUCUAUCGUGUGACCAGUAUAGCAGUGAAGAGGUGUGCCACUACCAUAAUUGCACAGGACACAAUAUACAACAGUGUCCUGAUUUCUUAAAAUUCGUACAAGGGAUGAUGGACAAGAAAGAAAUCGAAUUCUUCAAAGAAGUGACUAAAAAAGAAAAAGCAGAGAUUUGCGCUUCUAAAGGAUCAUCCAAAGGGAUACACAGUGUACCCUGGAGGUAUGAUUGUCAAAUGAGAGAGGGGGCAAAACAACAAGAAGAAAUAAAUGAAGUAGGGCACUUGACCAGAAGUGGUAGGUUUUUUUUCAAAGAGCCAGAGAAGAAGAUUGCUGCUGAAAAAGGAAAGAAUGUUGAUGUUCAGAUAAAAGAAGACGAACUCAUUAUCAAUGAACUGGGGUCGAAGGAUGAAACAAUGGAAUUCUUAAAAUUUUUGAAACAUAAGGCUCAUCGCAAGGUCUUGAUAAAAGUUUUGGACCAGACCCUCGUCUCGAAGGAGUUACCCACAGAAAAGCUGGAGCAACUAGUUGCCAAAAUGCAGGCUGAUAACAUUGUAUCUUUUUCAAAUGAUGAGAUCCCUUCGGGGAUGAUUGACAAUCAUAAGGCUCUACACAUUACAGUUAGGUACAAAGGGCACGUUUUAUCCAGAGUACUUAUAAGCGAUGGUUCAGCGUUAAAUGUAAUCCCCUUGGUGACUCUAAAAAAGCUGUCAGUGGACAGUACCUUGAUGAGGAAUUGUCAAGGUAUGGCUGGGGCAGUUUCAUCAACUUUACACCAGAGGCUAAAGUUCGUAUUUGAUGGAAGACUGGUAUGCAUUCAUGCGGAAGAAGACAUUAUUGCUUCAGUUCCUGCAGCCCCAUAUGUUGAAGUAGAAGAACAAGCUGUUGAAUGUCCUUUCAGAUCGUUUGACAAUGCCACGUUUGUGGCCGAAGGCAAGAAAAUCUCAGAGCCUAGAUCAUCAUACUACACCAAAACGGGGCACAAACUGACCCUUGGAAGAGGGACCAAAGGUAGCCAAGGGCUAGGACGUCAGUUGCAAGGACCAGUUGGGCCAAAUUACCCUAUUGCUAAAAGAGACAGGUUUGGUUUAGGGUAUCGACCAACUUUGAAGGAAAAACAGAGGGGCAUCAAGAGGAAUCGGGAAUUGGGAGAUGCAAGAUUGACUGGUGAAGACCCAAGUUGGGAACCCAGGACCUUCCCGCCAUUGAGCAGCAUUUUCACAUCAGCAGGGCAUGUGUUUCAAAGGGCUUCAAGAAGAGGUAAAGUGAUGAUUGAGAAUGCCUUGGAGGACUUUGGCAUUGAUGUUGUAACCAAUGAGGAGUUUGAAGGAAUGAGAGCUACAGGUGUCUAUCCUGCACCCCCAGGCUUUGUGUUGAACAACUGGACUAUGGAGGAAUCGCCCUUAGUUUACAAAUCUUUUGCAGAUUAG